UAGUCUUGCUAAAGUUAUACAUUUCUUUGCUCUCGCUGUGUAAAAAAGUUUCUGUAUUUUUAUAUGCAUGGAAGCAUUAAGCAUUGCUUUAGUCCUGGGACUACUACAAGGUAUAUGGUGUGAUAGUUAUGUUAUUAAAAUAGACCCAACAAAAAAUAGAAAGCCAAUGAAACAUUUCUGGAAAAGCACUGGAUUUUGCCCGCCCCAACCACAUGAUAAAUCUGAAGCAUAUUUUCUUGGAAAGGAUCAAAGACUGAAUUUGGCCUACAUUUCUUCUGUACCCCAGAGUGGUAUUGUACAGGUCAGAAUCCACUGGCUACUGUAUCUUAUCACCGUUUCAGUUUCUAAUGGAAAACCUCAGUAUGACUUCUCAAAACUUGAUUCAUUUAUUGAUCUUCUUCUGAAGAAUGGAUUGAUACCAGGUUUUGAAAUGAUGGGGAGUCCGUCUGGCUAUUUUACUGACUUUGAAGAUAAAAGACAAGUGAUAGAAUGGCGGGAUUUCACCUUCCUAAUAGCUACAAGGUACAUAGAAAAAUACGGAUUACCAACUGUUGCCAAGUGGAAUUUUGAAACUUGGAAUGAACCAGAUAAUCACGAUUUUGAUAAUGUUUCUAUGAGUGAUAAAGGUUUCCAGAACUACUAUGAUGCCUGCUCUCAAGGUCUGAAACAAGCAAGUGCACUAUUAAAAUUUGGGGGUCCUGGAGACUCGUGCAGAUCACCACCAAAGUCACCCAUAUGCUGGGGUCUUUUGGCACAUUGCUUUAAUGGAACCAACUAUUUUACACAGGAGACUGGUGUGCGGUUGGACUAUAUAGCUUUGCAUAAAAAGGGAGGAGGGAGUUCUUUCCAUAUCUUAGAGCAAGAGAUUGACACAGUCAAUGAAAUUCAAGAGCGUUUUCCGCAGUUCAAAUCUGUUCCAAUUUACAAUGAUGAGGCAGAUCCACUGGUUGGAUGGUCCACUCCACAGCCAUGGAGAGGUGAUGUUACCUAUGCAGCCAUGGUAGUAAAGGUGAUAGACCAGCACCAGGAUUUUCUGCUUUGGAAUGACAGUAGAAGCUUCAACUACACAUUGCUAAGCAACGAUAAUGGAUUCAUGAACUAUUACCCCCACAACUUUACUCAGAGGACUCUGACGGCAAGAUUCCAGAUGAACAAUACAAAGCCAUCUCAUGUACAGAUGGUUAGAAAACCGGUGUUGACCGUUAUGGGCUUGCUGGCAUUAUUAGGUGAUGUAUCGAUUUUCACAGACGUAGUAAAGGAAGGAGAAAAGACUAGCAAUAAUCAUAUCAUUGGGGUAAUGGCAAGUACACGUGACCCAAAGAAAAGUAAAAAGUCUGACAGCUGGCAAUCAUCAAUACUCCUUUAUGCCUCAGAUGAUAACAGAACGUCAUCUGAUAUACAUUAUGUAACUGUGAAUUUCACAAAUUUCCCAAAGUCAAAAGAUCCUGUGUAUGUUACAUAUUACAUUGAUAAUAAUCUCACAAACCCAUAUUUAGCAUGGCAGAAGACUGGCGGUCCAGACUUUCCUACAAUUAAACAAUUUAAGCAAAUUCGGGAUGCAGAGGAUCCUGUUGUGAGAGGGCCUACUGCUUUUCCAAAAGAUGGAAAUAUGAUUUUAAAGCUAAAGCUUCCUGUUCCCUCUGUGCUGCUCAUUCACAUCUGUGAAAGACCUCAAGGUCCUCCUAACAAGGUAACUGGUCUUUAUAUUAUUUCCCUUACUAAGGGGCAGAUAGCAGUAGUGUGGAAUGAUGAACAUGUAAAUUCCAGGUGUUUAAAAACAUAUGAGGUUGAAUUUUCACUGGAUAGGUCAAUAUUCCAAAGGAUAAAUAUACAUGACUCAAUAUUUACCUUGUUUAUAUACAGUCCAGAAAGUGCAAAAGUAUCUGGUUCAUACAGAGUCCGUGCUGUCAAUUACUGGGGUAUACCAGGACCUUACUGUCACCCCAAAAAAUACAAAGAACAAUUCCAAAAACCUUACUAAAAGUUAGAGGGGGGCUGUCAUACGUUGGGUCAGGUAUGACAAACUUCCAUUGACACUUUAGUGACCUUUAAAUGUGAAGCUGAAAUGUCAGCAAGUCAAUAAUUGCAAACAGCCCCCCGGUUCUACAAGGAUACUUGUAUUGUGAGUGCGUUAUGUGUGUCUUUCUCCACACUGUGCUGCUCUUCACUGUGUCACAGAAAAGGUUAAUA